AUUGAAUGCAGUGUUUCUGUGUGCUAUUGCUAUCAUAGUCCACUACCCUUUCUUUUUCAGAGCCAAGACGACAGAUUUGCUUUCAUUGCAGAAUGGUAUGAUCCGAAUGCUUCACUCUUUCGACGUUAUGAACUCUUGUAUUAUCCGAAAGAUGGGUCAGUUGAAAUGUAUGAUGUGAAGAACCAUCGAACCUUUCUCAAACGCACAAAAUAUGAUGACUUACACCUGGAAGAUUUGUUUGUAGGCAACAAAAUUACUGUCUUUUCACGUCAUCUUUCCUUAGUAGACUAUGGGGAUCAAUACACAGCCCGCAAGUUGGGUAGCCACAAAGAAAGAACGCUGGCUUUGGUUAAACCUGAUGCAAUACCCAAGGUUGGAGAACUAAUUGAUAUCAUCAUUAAUGCUGGGUUUACAAUAACUAAAGCCAAAAUGAUGUCACUUUCACGGAAAGAAGCAAUGGAUCUCUAUGUAGAUCAUCAAUCAAGGCCUUUUUACAAUGAGCUGCUCCAGUUUAUUACAAGUGGCCCCACUGUUGUCAUGGAGAUUUUAGGAGAUGAUGCUGUGUCGGAGUGGCAAAAGUUACUGGGACCUGCGAACUCUGGUGUGGCUCGUUCUGAGGCUCCGGGCAGCAUUAGAGCAAUGUUUGGAACAGACGGCAUAAGAAAUGCAGCUCAUGGACCUGAUUCUUUUGCUUCUGCUGCUCGAGUAAGUUUUCUAAAUAUAUUUAUUCAUUAUAUAAGGAUCACAACCAUUACAGGAACAAGAGGGAGCUGGAGUGGUGGUCCAGCCAAUAGUGCGAAAUUUACAAACUGUACUUGCUGCAUUAUUAAGCCUCAUGCAAUUAAUGAAGGGCUAACUGGAAAGAUCAUAAAAACCAUCUUUGAUGCGGGAUUUGAAAUCUCGGCUUUGCAGUUGUUCAACAUGGAACGUGCGAAUGUGGAAGAGUUCUAUGAGAUUUACAGAGGUGUUGUUGCUGAAUACCCUGAGAUGGUUACAGAACUGUGCUCGGGUCCUUGUAUAGCACUAGAGAUUAGGCAGUUUGAUCCUCAAAAAUUAUUCAGAGACUUCUGUGGGCCUUCUGAUCCUGAAAUAGCCCGUCAUCUUCGACCUGGAACCUUGCGUGCCAUCUUUGGUAAAAACAAGAUUCAGAAUGCUGUCCACUGUACAGAUCUACCUGAGGAUGGGCUUUUGGAGGACAUGGACUCAUUUCACCUCCUGGGUCCUGCCAGAUUUUGCUCUCGGAACAUAAACUGUAAGCCUAGAGGCCGUCCAGUACUUUUUCAAGAUUCUGGACAACUGACAGAGCAUGCUUUUUCCAGUUCCUACCAAAAGACAGACACCAGGAGAGAUGUGUUCAUUCGUUUAUUGUCCAAUGUUUUAACCUGACUGAAAUACAAGAGCAAGAGCACUGUGCUCCUGGCUAUUGAUUACAUGUUAGAACAUGAGUUUUGCACUUUAGACAACAUUUAACACCAUUCUAUGGGGUACUGCAUUGCUUUUAUAAAGUUCAAAAUAAAGAUUUAUUUUCAAACAAGUGACUUUGGUUUUUCAUACAUUACACUUUUUCUUGCAGAAAAAAUAAAAUUGUACAACUGCAUAAAUAUAAAAUCUUCCACCAUGAAAAUGGUUAAAACAUUCAGUAAAGACAUUAGCACCACACAAUGUGAUGCUGCCAGCGGAAAAA